AUGGUGGGUGGAAGGAACGUUCCUUUGCUUGGUCGCAAUUUCGACCUUUCCCCCGCAGUGUCGCGGUUUUCUGCUGCCCGUAUGUACUUGAGACGCGGAGCCAAGAGGCCAUUGGCUAAGAAAGCUGCUGAGCCCCUCAUGCUCCCAUUGCAACGAACGGGCCCAAAGUUCAAGCUUGGACACCACAAGAAAGUCCCACUCAGAAAGACGCUCACCCCGGGAACCGUCCUUAUCGUUCUUGCUGGACGCCAUAAGGGAAAGCGCGUUAUCUUUUUGAAGCAGCUUGAAAAGUCGGGUCUUCUCCUAGUUACUGGACCUCACAAGGUUAACAACUUCCCUCUACGAAGAAUCGCUCAAGCUUUCGUCAUUGCUACUAAGACAAAGAUUGACGUUUCCGGAGUGAAGAUUCCAGAUCACAUCAAUGAUGAUUACUUCAAGAGAAAGACAUUGGCUGGAAAGAAGGGAGAGAACAUCUUCGCUGCAGGAAAGGUUGAAUAUCAGGUCACUGAACAACGAAAAACCGACCAGAAAGCUAUUGAUAAGCCAAUCCUUGCCGCUAUCAAGAAGAAUCCAGAGCACAAAUUCCUCUUUGGUUAUCUGGGAUCACGAUUCAUGUUGGGAAAGAGGCAAUAUCCUCACAACAUGGUGUUCUAA